AUGAGCACUGCUCGACUAUGCUUGCCACGUAUAGAGUCGCCAGGUAAUGAGACUGGUUAUCCUGCCGAUUCAACAUCGCUUGUAGCCAUUGGGUGGGGCCAUUUGAGAUAUGGAGCUCUAUCGAUACCAGAUAAUCUACAUCUUCAACAAGUGACAUUAAAAGUAGUGCCUGUACAUGAUGAAAGGUGCGCAGAAUUUAUCACUAACUCAAGCACGCAGUUUUGUGCUGGUGUGGAUGGUGGUGGUAAAGACACAUGUCAGGGAGAUUCAGGUGGCCCAUUGAUGCGAUUUGAGUCUGUACAAAAACAGUGGCUAUUGGCCGGUGUGACUAGUUUUGGUAUUGGUUGUGGUGAUCCCCGUUAUUCAGGUCAACAACCACUUCGUUUUCUUGCUUUAGGUGCUUCAUUGACAGCUGGUUAUUAUCAAUCUGGUUUAGCUUACCAUUCAUACGCUAAGCAUUUGUCCGAAUUGUUUGCGUCGGUGCAGAUUCCAGUCAUCAUUGAUGUUAAAGGUAUCAGUGGUGAACGCGUUGUACCGAUGAUGAUCCAACGACUCGAAACUCUUCUCGAACGCAAUGCUGUUUCCUAUGAUUGGAUUCUGAUUUUGGGUGACACUAAUGAUCUUGCUUCUGGACGAUCGGCCACAAAGAUUUUUGAGCAAGGUUUAAAAGCGAUGUAUGAGAUGGUGCUUCAUCGUACACCAGUUACUACAAAACUACCGGUGAUGACUCUCAUGGAAGUUGGUUGUUAUCCUUCGACACACAAGAAUGACAAGAAGAGACGAGCAUUGAAGCAAAUGAUUCGAGACUAUGUGACAAAUCAUAGCAUACCAGAAAGAGUAUGCCUUGUAGACCUUGACAAAGCUAUUCAAUAUCAUUCCAUUAGUAAUAUUGAAGAACGCAACUUGAUUUGGGAUGACGAUAUUCAUUUGACACCAGCUGGAUGUGAUCAAAUGGCGACUAUUAUAUUCGAAGCUGUCAAGAAGAAGUUAAAUCAUUGA